AUGGAGAGUAGUAGUAGUGUUCGGUUGGAUUAUAUGGAGAGUAGUAAUGCUGGUGAGCAAAAGUCAUUGAUUUCUUCGUUUCUCGAUAUUGCUGCUGGGCAAUCGGUCGAGACUGCUAGAAAAUAUUUACAAGCAACGGAUUGGAAGCUUGAUCAAGCAAUUACGUUGUUUUACGGUCAAGAAGAAGUGUCUGAUGACUCUGAUCCAUUCAAGAAAGUUACUUCGUCCAAUGGAACACCAAACACUAUGGCCGAGAUGGAAGAAGGUCCUAUCGAGCGAAGGCCGGGUUUAGGUUACUCUCAAGAUAUCGGGGGUUUAUCAAAAAACCAAAGGAAGAAAAAAGAAAAAGAAGAUUUUUAUCGCGGUUUCCUAGAUCGCGCUUAUGAUCCUCAGUAUAGGGCUUACCUCAACAGCAUGCGGUGUCGUGACAGAAGGUUGAGCAUGCGGGGUUCUUACGGAAGGCCUUUCCCAGAUUGCGGUUAUGGUUAUGACAGAAGCUCUUUCUUUGACUGCGGUUAUGGUUAUGAGAUAAUGCCUCCUUCCCCAGAACGCAAAGAGGUUUCUGAGCCAAAGGUCGACAAAGUAGAUGAACCUCAAGAUAGUUUCGAUUCACUGUAUCGGCCACCAAAGGAAUUGAUGCAUAAAGGAGCUUUGCAUGAUGCAAAACAAGCCGCUGAAGAUCAAGACAAGUGGUUGAUAGUAAAUGUGCAAUCUGAAAAAGAAUUCAGUUCUCAAACACUAAACUUGGAUGUAUGGGCAAACGAAAUGGUCGCGCAGACUAUCGGCGCCAAUUUCAUCUUCUGGCAAGUUUAUGAUGAUACCACUGAAGGAAAAAAGGAAUGCGAUUAUUACAAUUUGAAAUCUUUUCCUGCAGUACUUGUUUUGGACCCAAUCACAAGGCAUAUGAUGCGAUCAUGGACCAAAAAGAUUGAAGCUGAGCGCUUGUUGGAGGAUUUAGUCCCUUUUAUGGAUGCAAGUCCUAAACAACAUCACGCUCAAUUUGGUCCUCCAGCGGUAACUUCUCCGCAGACUGCUAUUUCUGAGACUACCAAAGAGGAUGAGGAGGUUAAAGCAUCUUCAAAGGAAAGCAUGACAGCUACCACCAUCGCUCCAACUUGUAGUGACAAAUGCAAGAAGCUUACAUAUCCUGAUCUCCCUGAAGAGCCAAAGGUGGAUGAAGACGAAACACUUCUCUGCCGUAUUGAGGUUCACUUUCCUAAUGGGCGCAGGCUACAGCGUAAUUUCCUUCGAACAGAUCCAAUCCAGUUUUUAUGGUCUUUCUGUAGCUCACAGCUUGAUGAAGCAGAGUCUCGUCCUUUUCAGCUAACUCAAGCCAUUGGAGGUGCAUCAGAUGUUCUUGAUUAUGAAAGCAGGCAAACGUUCAAGGAGGCUGGACUUUUGGACUCCAUGAUCUCUGUUACUUGGGAGUGA